GGAAUUUGGCUCAUUGUCAAGAAGCAUUCUUCAAAGUGAAGGUACGACAAGUAGAGCGAUGCUCCAAGUAAAGUGGUGCUCCUGCCUGGCUCGUAGCUUCUAAGGUGCGGAAAACAAAACGGUCCUCAUGAUUAUGGUAGAUGCAGUUGUGUAACUGCUGCAAGGUUGUAUGCGUUUCCCAAUUUCUGAAAUGUAUUGCAUCCACCAACCCAACCUUUUGGACAUGUAUUGCAUCCACUAUUAUUUGAAGACUGUUUUGUGGGAUUGAUCUUGUCGAUGGCAUCCUCCCAAUGUCUUCAUGGUUCAUCUUGUCAUUGGUUUGCUGGCUUUGUGACUUCUAACGAUGUCUUCUUUGGGAUCUGGAGCACGGCUGGAGCUUGCUUACAGUUCAGGCAACAGCGACGGACUUGCUCGAUAUUUCGCCCCUAUCCACAUAGCAGAUAGCCGAUUGUUCGAGUGUUUGCCUUCCAAGGCGAAGGUUGCGCGUUCGAUUCUUGCAAUCGACUGGUGAGAUGCUUUCCUAGCGAGGAAGUUUCCUCGUCAUUUCUGACGAGGAAAGAAAGAAAUAGGAGAUGACGAGGGAACUUCCCCGAUAUCUUCUAUUUCCUUUGGGAUCGAUAUCGAUGAGAUAUACAUCGAGGAAGUCUGUUGCUGUUGCCUGAACUGUACGCAAGCUCCAGCUGGGUUACACAUGCUGAUGAAGAAGAUAACGGUGAAGAAGCAGAUAGGAUGCAAAUGGAUGACAAAAUCAACCAUGAAGAAACUCCGGAGGAUGAUAUUAACAAGAUUGAUCCCAAAAGAAGUAGUGAUAUUGAGGAGGAAGUCUGCUGCGCUCGUCUCUGAGCAAGCUCUGGCCGGCCUACAGAUGCUGAAGAAGACAAUGGUGAAGAAGUUGAGUGGUGGUGAAGAGGUCGAGUGGUGGCAAAUGAAUGACAACAUCAACCACUCUAUCUUCCCCUGGUGAAAAGUAUGGCAGCUGUUUAUGUAGGCUGGACCUCGAGGUGGGGGGGAGUUCGUCUUAGAGCCGUGGUUUUAGGGCCUGCGUAGAUUAUGUUGAAGUAGUAGUGCCGUUAUAGGCACAAAGUUAUUAGAUGGGUGCUCUGACAUCGUGAAUGAAUGGAGUCCCUAUUAACCUAAUUUUUUUUGCCCGCAAUAUUUUGGUCUUGAUGGGCACAAUGGUCGGGCUGUUGCCAGCGUCAAGGGGUUGUUCCUGGCAGCUCGGCAUGUGCGUUCUCCUCGUUGAUCUCGAUGGACACAAGAUUUGAGCCGAGUCUCUCGUUGAUCAUGUCGUUAGAGAGUGGCAGUAUCGAGUGGUUGGUCCUAGGGUCCUGGUUGUUCCACAUGCUGGUUUUCCUGUAUACGUCACUCUUGUGUUGGAGAGAGCAGCAGAGAUGUCCUUCAACCUGCGCAAAUAUCCUCCAUUUGAUUUUUAGACAAAUUGAGUGUCGGACUGGUAUAGCGGGUCAGCAGUACAUGUGGCAUACUGGUCGCACUGAGAGUCUCUCAGUGGCGAUACGAGUACACUGUUGUCAUUUUAAUAGGCUGCUGGGGUAUGGAAGUGAAAUCUGAUCUAGGCUUGUUCAGGUGGCCUGUUUAUAGUGGCUGGCUUGUACAGCGUGGGGCUAGCAAUGGAUGCGCCUGGUUUCUGCAAGUGAUCUUUAUCUUGGUGUACCAAUAUUUAUCGAGGAGCUGCGGAACUGUUUCUUCCAUUGCAGGCAGAAUAGUCACAGGUGGUCAUCCUGAGUCGGUGGGCAUUGCUAGUAGGGAUGAAGAGAUGGAGAAGCGAAUCUUCGAGUGGGUCGCCAACUUAUCAUUGGGCGAAGAAGAAGAGGUGGCGAUGUAUAUCUCUAAAGAUGAUCAGGAAGCCGCUAUGAGAGCUUGGGAAGCAGAAAAGGAUGUCGUGAAGCGGCAAGCAUUGGAAGACGAAAAGAAGAUGGAGUGGAAGUUGGCAGUGAUGAGGGAGAAGAAGAGGAGAGUGGACGCGGCAGCAGAGGCGGCAGAAGAAUUAGAGGAAGCGGAGCAAUAUGAUUUUAGUAGGAGUCAACACAUAGCUGUGCGUUCCAUAAAGUUGGGGUUUCGGGACUUUGCGCGUGAGCUGGUAGGCGCUAUAGGGACCGAGGUGGGUCACCGCCUCGACAAGACUGAGCGGUUCUGUGUCGGCGCCAUUGAGGGCGUCAAAGCGGCAACUCCCAAGGAGGAGGAGGCACGUCCUCCUCGUCGGAAACUGGUCAAAGUCAAAUUCCCUGAUUCCUACAGUGGAAAAAGGGAAGAGAACUUCGACAAUUGGGAGGCCAAUGUUAAGACCUAUGUGCGUCUGCAACAGGUCUCCCCGGAUCAGCAGGUUCUGAUUGCGAUUCACGCGCUCAGAGAUGAAGCCGCCAGCUUUGCAAGGUCCCUAGUUCGCGCUGCCAAUUGCAGCGAUGACCCCGUCGCGUACUCCUCAUUCACUUCCCUCACUGAGUUCUUGAAGCUGUUGCGCGAGAGGUUCGCCGAUGUUGCCCGUAGCGUUAAGGCCUCAGACAGGCUGCAGACGAUCCACGCUCGUAAGUGGAAGAGCGCCAGGGCRCUUAAGAGUACCAUGGACGAACUGGUAGCUGUCCCUGACCACGGAGUUACAGACACCCAGUUGGUUGGCCUCUUUUAUCGGGCUAUACCCGAAGCCCUCCGAGGACAUUUCUUCGCAAAGAGCGAAGACCCUGCCACUACAUACGAUUCCCUUAGUCGCGAAGUAGUGGCUUUUGAAGCCAAGUCUGCGUCUGUGUCCACUUUCUGGCACAAGGACUUGGACAAGG